AUGACACAACUGAUGGUCCAUGAGAAUCAGACCAUGGUGACUGAGUUCUUUUUUUCUAUUUUCCCACAAAUGCAUGAAGGUGGUCUCUUAUUCUUUAUUCCCUUGCUUUUCAUCUAUGCAUUUAUCAUAAUUGGGAACCUAAUGAUAUUCAUUGUCAUCCAACUUGACAUGGCACUUCAUACACCAAUGUAUUUCUUCAUCAGUGUCCUCUCUUUCUUGGAGAUCUGGUAUACGACAACCACUAUCCCAAAGAUGCUCUCCAACCUAGUCAGUGAGCAGAAGACCAUCUCUCUAGCUGGCUGCCUCCUGCAGAUGUACUUCUUCCACUCUCUUGGCAUCACAGAAGGCUGUAUCCUGACAUCAAUGGCUAUUGACAGAUACAUAGCUAUCUGCAAUCCUCUUCGUUAUCCGACCAUUAUGACUCCAAAAUUGUGUAUUCAGCUUACAGCUGGCUCCUGCCUCUGUGGCUUCUUCAUUGUGCUCCCUGAGAUCGUGUGGAUUGCCACCUUGCCUUUCUGUGGCUCCAACCAGAUCCAGCAGAUUUUCUGUGACUUCACACCUGUGCUAAGAUUGGCCUGCACAGAUACAUCGCUCGUGGUCAUUGUGGAUGCCAUUCACGCAGCGGAGAUCCUGGCCUCCUUCCUUGUCAUUGCUCUAUCUUACAUUCGAAUCAUUGUGGUAAUUAUGGGGAUGCCCUCAGCAGAGGGUCGUCACAAGGCCUUUUCUACCUGUGGCGCCCAUCUUGCUGUGUUCUUGUUGUUCUUUGGCAGUGUGGCUGUCAUGUAUUUGAGAUUCUCAGCCACUUACUCAGUGUUCUGGGACACAGUAAUUGCUGUCACUUUUGUAGUCCUUGCUCCUUUCCUCAACCCUCUCAUCUACAGUCUCAGAAACAAGGACAUGAAAGAUGCCAUUGGGAGGUUUUUCUACUCACAGAAAAGGGGUAAUGGGUCAAAUAGAUAG